CCUGUUGCUCAAGUAACAACCUACCGCUUUAAGACGAUUCGCGACCGUAAGACCGGUAUCUCCCUGUGAAGGAUUUAAAGAACUUUCAUCUUACUCUGGUAGAUUUUAAAAUGGAUUGUAAUGAGAGUGUGGCUGUUAUAUUUGGGGAGGUGGCUAGGAUAAAAAAGGACUUGGAAAAAGGAAUUGCUGAAGUUAGGCAAGUGAAAGCUAACUUGAAAUCUACGGCCUCAGAUUUGAAAUCCCAGAUUCGUGACAGUGUCAGUCGCCAUAUAGAGGCAUUGAGAAAUAGAGAAACAUGGCUACUUCAACAGGUUGAGGUUGUACAGUGCAUAAAAGAUGGUGUUCUGCAAGAGCAGAUCGCUGCAUUUAACAAAGCUCUUGGAAGGAUCCAGUCAGUUUAUGCUUUGUUAGAACAGAACAGUGAGCUCCUUGAUGCUGAAACCUUGGAAGAUCUUGUGAAGGAAACUUUGCAAGAUGUUAGUUGCCUGAACUUAAGUCCUGAGGAAACCAAUGUAAUGAGCUUUGUUGCUCAUAAUUUUGAGCUUCAAGAAGUCAUACACAAAUUUGGAGCACUGCUUUCUGAUAGUCGUCUGGUGGAGGAGCAGAUAACAUUUAAAGAGUGGAUCAGAGAGAAUAAUGGUAAAAGUUCCCAGCAAGAUAUCCUGGGAGCCCCGUCUUCAGAAUUGAACAUCCAUGACUGGCUCAAUCAGAAUGCAGUGCUGGCCAGGAAAGCUCCAGAAAGUUCACUUUCUUUACCUCAGUAUCCCUUGGAGUACUGGCUAAGCAAAGCCAAACCACAAGGCAAGCAAACAGAAAAUGGAAGUAGUUUGCCAAGUGAAGACAAGGAAGAUGUGGCUGUGGUAAAUAUUGAAGCAACAGAGGCACAAAGGUGGCAUAAAGAUUCAUUGAUGACAACUACACCCCCUGAAAUGUCUUCAGGUUACUUUAAAAUUGUAAGAAUGUCUGAGUCAAGUCAGUGGCUCAGGAAUUCUGAAGGAACAGGAGAACCUUCUUCCUGUGCCACUCGGGAAACAUGUACGAAAACUGAUUCUGUGCUGGAUCUCGGAGAAUGGUUGAAGGAUGCAUCUACCACAGAGUCUUGUAAAGAUCAUGAAAGUCAUGCCAUGACUUCAGUCUUCACUGGUAUUGAGAAUCUCAAAGCACAUUUGGCUUCUCAGGCCAACCAACAAUGGCUGCUUCCUGGUAGGGAGAGCAUUUCUGAAGAAACAGGAGCAGAAGAGCUGAUAAGUAGUGGUAUGAAGUCCUACAUUGACUCCCUUCCAGUUGAGAGCAACUGCUGGCUGUUACCUUCAUCAACAAAUAAAGACAUUUGUGGCUGGCUGGCACGCACUUCCUAUGACCAAUGUAAGAAAUGCCCAGUUAUGUGUUCAAAAGGACUCUUUAAAGUCUUUGAUGAGAUUGCAAGUCCUCAGGAUGGUUGGCUUAUGUCACAAGAACUCUAUUGAGCCCUGAAAUUAAUGAAUAGUAAAUGUUCCAAGUUUGACAAUGAAAAAACAUUAUUCUAUUCUCCAAACUUUGGCAUUGAUCUAUGAACUCCAGUCCUAUGGUCACUGUGCGGUAUUUUAUUUUAUGAUGUAGUUUAUCAGGGGGUCACUCUAGCACUGAAAAAAGCUUUUUUACAGGAUAUAGGAGAGUAAGGGGCUAAAAUUUUAACAGUUUGAAUCAGUUUUUCUCAAUUCUGAUCUAAAACCAGUAUUAUCACCAUAUUAUGAUUCUUUUACUUGCUCUACAUGUAGCAAUACUUUGUCUAUUUUGAGGUGUUAUGUUCCCCAGAGGAACGUCUCCCUUCCGUCAGGUUUACUUAACAAACAGGGAAUCCAUGUCAACACAUAAUAUUACUAUAACGAAAUGAGCAAAUUAGCUUUGCUUUCAAGACACAGGUUUCUGUUACCCAGUUUGGCAUGGAAUUGCAUUAAGGUGGAGAUUAAAUGUUAAAAAAAUUAAGCUUGUGUUCUAGAUGUGAUGAACUCUGUUCAUUCUAAACAGUAAUUAAGGGGUGCUUUAAGACGGGAUAUUUAAUUGAUUAGAUUUCAUUACAAUUUGAACACAAUUAUGUUUAAACAUUUGUUUGAGCAGUAUUUUAAUAGGAGAUUCAGACUAGUGUAAUUGAAUCUUUGUUUUAAAAGAUGUCAUGUAACAUUUUUGAAUUCCCAGGGUACUGUUAAUUAUCCAUUGUAAGUUGUAUCUAAGAAUGACGUGAUAAGCUGUCUUAGUGAUUUGAAUUUAGUUUCUAAAUGAAUGCAUAUACUCCAAUUUUAUUGGAAGUUUUGUGCAACGAAAAUCAGAGAUUUUAAAAUUAUAUAUAGAGCGAGAUUUGCAGCAAAGUUGCAAGGUUUGGAAGUGUAAGAGGACUUGUUAGAUGUAUGGUGUUCAUGCAUGCUUGUAGAAGAAUGUGGAUGAGUUUCACCAAUGUAUCGUUGACUUAUAAUGUAGUUUCUUAUACGAACCAGCCUUUACCAGGCAACUUACAUGUAUAGUUUUCUGAAAGUUAGUCUGCCAUGGUAACAAGCAUGUCAGUGAGAAUUCUGGCUCUAUCUAGUGAAUAACCUAGUGGAGCCUUAGAUAUUUUGUGCCCUGUUUGAUACUUUGAGUUUAUAUUGGGGCGGUGUUGUAAAAAGAAAAGCAUAGUUUGUUCAGUAAAAGAGCCAAGAACUCUCA